CUUACUUGUGCACAGGUUGCUGGGAGGAGUGAGAUAAUUAUUUAGUUGUCCCCUUUACUCAACUUUUCAUUGAUUAUUAUGGCAUUCAUUGGCUUCUGGAGUAGUAAAGGGCGUGGUUGAGCAUGAUGAGGAUGCGCCCUCCCUGGUUCAUAAUGCAGAAGGAAUCUACUACUACGUUGUAAAAAUGAAUUAAGUUCUUGAAGAAAAAUAGAUGUCCCACACGACAUCCGUAUCUUCGUUGCAACAUCCUUAGUACUUACGUGGUGCAUGAUCGGGUAUCUUUAGGAGACAGAGGAUCUUGGUAGGACGUUGAUUUUCAGAUUGGUGGGGCAUAAGUGUUUUGAGUAGUUUUUUGCCUCCAAGACAAAGUCGUGAGCAGCUUCAUGAUUAUUAUUGACAUUUUCAAGAAUGAGUAUAUCCGGCCAUAUCGGGUGUCCUACAACAACUGUAAUUAUUCCCAUCUGACUGUGAAAAAGAUAAGAAAACGAUGAAGAUUUUUCCACGAAGCGCGGCACACGCAGCGUAGUUGCUUCUGUUCAGCGUUCUGCUUCUUUUUCAACCGAGAAAGACUCUCUUGUCGACUUCGUUAUCCGUGCGACCAUAAUCAUGCCUCAGCCGAGAGAACGCCAGAAUGUGGCGUCGAUCAAAGGCACCAUGGUGAGAGACUCUAUACAUGCUUCGGCUUCGAAUGCGAGGGGAGGGAGUUUUUCCACCUCGAAUGCGAGAUGGCACCGCGAGGAUCAGUCAGUAGUAGCAUCGGAGGCUCAUGAAAAUGACAAUAAUCGCAUGGAAAUGACAAAGAAGACUGAAGAUGCAGUGGGUGCAGAUAGUGAGGACAAUUGGCCCUCUGGCGCUUUUCGAGGGAAAAAUUUCGGGCAGCCACGUAAUGACUCCCGAAAAAUUUUGAGCAGCAAAAAAAGGCGAAAUAAACGCAGCACCUCCGGCGGAGCCGCUUCCACAGCUACCAAGGUGGCGGGGAGAGUGGAGGCAAGAAGCGGGGCGAGCGUACAUCAAGAGUGUCGGCCGGUUGCACGAGAAGGUGAAGCUGACGAAAUUCGGGCAAGCUCAUAUCUUAUGCUUACGGAAUUUACGGGUUGUUUUGUCUUAUCAGGUUCUGAAUCUCAACAUUCUUCAUGCAGGAAAUUUUGAUUUUGCUAGACGUGUUGUGUUAAGUGAGCAGGUUUUUACUAAGAUGACUCCGUAAUGGAAGUCUUGUCGUCCUCUCUUCUUCUAGGUCUAUAAUAUGUGCUGAAUUACUGGAGGAUUGCAGCCGGCAAAAAAGGAAGGUCACCAGACAGGCAAUUGCAACGCCUAUGGACCAGUUUGCUUCCCGUAAAACCCGCUGUAUGCAAGUAGUGACACCAGAAAAACGGGAGACGACAGGCGAGAAAGAUCAUGAGAGCUUGUUCCCCAAUUCAGCUACGAGCACCAGACUGGACGACCCCUGCAUUACCCCGGCAACCACAGUCGGAGAGGUGAUCGUGGAGGCAAAAAAACCUGCCGAUCCAGUACCAAAAGCUCCGAGUGUCACUACACGAACAGAAAAGCGUCCUCCUCUGCCUCAUGAUCGCUUUCUUCUCGAUUCGACGUCGAAAAUUCAGGUCGUUCAGGCUUCCCCUGAAUCUUCUAGUGGUCCUACGGGUCGGUGUGAUCCGCAAUGGGUUGCCCGACUGUUCAGAUCGCCUUACGAUGAAAAUUUCCACCGACGGGUAGUUUAUGUGAUCGGGGAAAGCACGGUGGAUGCGUUUUUCUCCUCCAAGACUCUGCAGAAACAAAUGGAGGAGUCGUUCAACAGGGAAAAGAUUGUGAACAGAAUCAUCCCGGGAGUGCAGUUUUUUCAUGAUCCACAAGACGACUCGAGCGCAGCCAGGCAAUUGGCUGUGGCGCUCAUGCUGUGGACGGAAAUACUCGACAUGCCUGGCCCUGAGCAAGGAGGAGAAGAGGACGCAGAGGACCUAACGCAACCACAACGAUUAGACCUGAGCGCCCCAGUGGUGCGCCUGGUGCUUAGCGUGGACGAUGAGAUCCUUCGGGAUAACAAGAAAACCACCAACGUGAUCGCGAACAUUGUAAGGCUGGCGGUGCGGUUCGCAUACAUGGAGGUCUGUGUCGUGCGCUGCCCCCGUAAUUGUCCUGCUGAAGAAGAGGGGAAGGUCUACGGCAAUGCGGUUAUGCUGAAAGAAUGCUUGCUGAUGCUUGGCAUCAGGUUCAACUACAAAGUUUAUGGCGGUGAGUACUUUGAUGACAACUACUACUACCUGCAGAUGCGAGAAUGGCCACGCAUGCUCGAGCACGAGCAUGGGUUGCCGUGGGAGUUUCGGGAGGACGUGAUGCAGAAGCAAGGAGAGUUAUGGAUUGUUUUUCGGCGUUCCUCAUAUGUCUUUCACGCUGGUAGCUGUUCUUGUCACUCACGUGCGUCAUACAGUUAUAUAUUGGAAAGCAGAGAUUAAUCAUCGAACUUCGGAACAAGCAUUAACUUAGCCUUUUUUCAAUUUAGAUUUAUCACUACAUGUUGAUAAACCUAGAUCCAUCGAAAAAAGAUAAACAAGAGGUUCCAUUACAUGCGGUGACAUGACCAAGAGCGUGGCUGUCAACUAGAGAGAGGACAGCAAACCCCUUCUAAUGCACGAAGUUAUAGAUGCUUGGUCCGAUCGUGCAGCGGCUACGAAGAUCCGGCUUCGGAAUUCUUUUGCCAAGAAGGAGCGCGCUGCUGGUCUGGAAGUGAGGAAACUGGUAUGAAGAUGAGACUGCGCCUUCGUAACUAAUGUAUCUGCAACGGAGUUGCAGAGUGAUCAAUCCGACUCAGUCAGAUGUACUGUCGCAUGACUAGGAGGCCACUUGUUCUUUUGGUCGAUCUUCUUUUCUUGAUUUUGUUCACCUCCUAGUUUAGAUCUCACUUCUAACAAGCGACCCCAUAAUCAUGCGGACUCGCUUCCUGUUGUCAGCACCGGUGGCAUGCUUGCCGUUCUCUGACGGUGGUGGUGCGUCUUCCGCAGCUUCGACCGAGAAUGACAACAGAGCUGAAGGAAUUUUGGCGGGCAUAAUGAAAAAGCAGCUAGACGGUCACGCCAACGAGCAGCUAAACGAGGAGAGUCCGUCCUUUGUCCCGUAUAUUAUGCGUUAACGAAAAAGCACUCAAGGAAAUGGGUACCAGCAAAGUGAAGCGCCAUGAUUUCGCGUCGAUUUCAAUCUCCUAGAGUGUCGACGUAUUCGUGUUGAUUUGAUUAAUCUGCCUCGCCCUAGCUAUGUUCUACAAUGGGGCCAAUGUUUUUGCGUAAAGAGUUCGUGGAAAAAUCAUUGUCGAGCCUUCUAAUGAGGAUUCACUUUUGGAAGGAAUCAAGGCGAUUAUUCUGGAGCACGUACGCAAAUUUGACGUCGCUGACGAGUUUGCCAGUAACCUGGAACUCGAAGGACAAGGCAGCCGCGCUGAUGGUUACGGUAUUACGGCUCACCUACUUACUGCUGGCUGCGGAAGACUACAAAAAGUGUAGCAUUCCAAACUGUACGUACCUGUUUUCUAAAUCCUAUUCCAGCCCUGCUAUGAGUUUGAUUACUGAACCCUGAGAGGCCGUCUCCAUCGAAAAGAGAGCGGCUCUCUGCGUACUUUAUCUAAUCAUGGCUGGACCCAUUCUGAUUUCGACGUGGUGGCCUUCGUCGAUACAGUGGCGGACGGUAUGCGGCUCCUUGGAAUGGUCUGCGACAGUGUCUACGGCGAAAAUAUGCGAAAGAAGAAGAUAGAGCAGCAGUCGUGGACAAUCAGUUAAGGCGCCCACUGCGAACAAUCAGGAUAGGCCUACUUCCCUAUGAAUCGAAUCGAACAGAAUUGCCUAUGGUGGGUAUCGAGUGGAGAACUAAAAAUGUUCAGUUGUGGUCAAUUGGUGUGCAUUCCUUGUAGGGAUUGUGUUUGGCACUUGUUCUAAUUUACCCUGAAAGUUAAGAGUGGAGAGAUCAUAGCAGCGGCGGCAAAGGCUGGUGAGCAAAUUGCACACCCGGAAAAUGUAAGCGAAUACGAAUGGAAAGUGUCCGUCACUUUCCAAGCGUCAGAACUAGCGACGAGCUGGACACUUGAGCAGAGCCGUCAGCUGCGCACCGCGAUCGAUCGGAGACGCUGCAAUAAGGCUCGCCUCUCAUUACAAUGUAACCCGAGUAAGCAUACGCGAGAUCUCUUUGAUGAAUUACUCUAGUCUAGGAAACAAUUAGGAAACAAUCCCCCGCAGGACUCAUUCAGCAAGCCAGAACGAUACAAAGCGACUACCUCUAAUUGUAGCAAGUUCGCCUUGGGUCGUCUCAACACGUGGUAUAAAGAAACGAUGCCAAGGAAGUUGCGGACGAGGUUCCACGUUUCGCGUCUUGUGCGCGCCCUUCUUCGCUGGGGCGACCGCCGAUAUGGGGACGGCUCGGAAAUGGCAGAGACUUAUUUGGACGCAAAGUUCUUGGUCAAUUUGAUUCGCCGCGGAGAUACCGAGAGAGGACUUUCUCGCUAUGACUAGUAAAGGCCCCUGGUCGCGUUGGUCAGUACUGAGAUGCCUUAAACGGUAGGUGUUAGUGUGAGUCACGUUUUCGUCAACUGGUAGCAGUAUCUAAUGCAACUCGGUUUACCAAUACUUGGUAUGACUUGUGUAGAACAAAGUGAUUAUUGUAGAACACCAACGUAAGAGAGUAAAAAUGACAGCAACAAUACUGACAGGAGCUACAACCGCUUCAAAACUACCUCUAACUUUUUUUUACGAAGUCGGACGAUUAUCUGGAUCAGGGCGAGCUUCUCAAUUUGUUGUGGCUUCGCAUGCAGACGAUGGACGACAUCCGUCCCUUUAUCAAGGGAGAAGAUCGCCGAAGGUUGCAGCGACCAAAAGCGUCAGAGCCUCAAGACAUGUGGCCAGCAAACUCCACUUUGCGGGCCUUCUUUUCGCGCGAUUACGGGAUCUACCACGAUCAUCCUUGCCUCGUGGAGCUGAUUGAUGCGAUAGUCAUUGGCUGGGCAGUGUGCUGAGUUUAAACUUAUCUGAGGCAAAAGGUGGUCGCAACUAAUGGGGCUGCGUGAAGUGAAGAGAUUUGAGAAAAUUGAAAUCUGUGGUCAAACCACUCCGACUAUCACUUUGCGCCACAACAUAUUCGCGAAGCGAGUAUCAAUAAGUUUAGCUUUCCACUUUUCCUUUCUUCUUCUCACCGCCAGCUUUUUCAAUCUCUCUCCACGGCCUUGCUUCUCUUGAAAGCAGAAGGCGAAGCUAUUGACUUGAGAGCUCCACCUCGAUGAUGAUCGCCCUAAAGUCACAGCAGGCAAGUAGUCCCACAUCAACGCAUUCCUUGCUUCGGCUUUGUUUUCUUGUGGUGCUCAGUGAGACCUGUUCCUACCGGUCCACUGCGCAAUCUGUUGCUUUUGUCGUUGUUCGUGGACCCCCUCGGGGGUCCCGGUUUCCUUCUUGUGUUGGCCUACCAGGAGCUUCUUUAAGCGCCACAACACCACUAGCAAACGCCUAGUUUAUCCAGCAAAGACCAGCAAGAAUGUAAGGCAAACCAUAGCAAGACGCCGCCACUAGUCACAGGAUUCCGAUGCUCGUGCUUAACGUUGCACUUUUUUUUUAUGGUGUAAAAAUUGUCGGUAUGGCUUUAUAUGACUUCCUUUGCUGUUGGAUCUUCGUCUCUCGAUGAGAUCCUUCCGCCUCUUCAUCUUCUCCCUUAUCCGCAAGAACGCCCGGAAAUUCUUUAGGCUGCUGCUUUUUCUUGUUGAUCUACUUGAUGCUUCGAAGGGCGCGAGUUAAUUGCAAUAAGGUGCUUGAAGCUUUAUUUUUCAUUUGUUUCUUCUCCACCUCUUGAACAUAUUGCACAACUUUUGGCUAUAUCUACACCCAAUAUUAAGAAAGUGAAUGUGAAAGAGCUAUAAAAAAGAGGUUGAGUAGUUCUAUACCGCAAUAUGUUUGAUCUUUUACAACAUCUUCACGUUUGAAUUUGUUUUGAACUACACCUUCUGAGGUAAAUUCCAGUGCCUUGCCUCCCAAUAAAUUCGUCGCGUGCGUCGAUUAGAUAGAUAAUCCCCAUUCGUAUUUUUGCCCACGUCUUCCUCCAGCCAUAUUACGAGAUUAGCGUGCUGUCCAAAAUCUGAAGAGUCAGAGAAAUAUCAGCCUAUCGUGAAUCAACCUGAGCAUCGAGUUCGGGACGUAUAAUAAGGACGAACAAAAAUAAAAUGUUCAGCCUAUGCUACUUCCAGAUGAUCUUCACAACAUUCAGUGCCAAGGGAGCGAACUAGUUGCACAUGCAGAAGGAUGGGCUUCUCUUGGUGUAGAGAAUGAGUUGUCUUGUUAAACAGGUACCCACGUCGUACAGGACUGUCUCUAUUCCUCGCUCAAGAACAUGAAGUCGAGGAAAAGUACUUUGUAUGAUCACAGCGCAGCAGAAGCAGAACAAUACAGGAAGUCGCAC